AUGGAGAGGCCCCAUGGGUUUUUGUUGGUCACACUUAUUGCAACUUUCACUAUUAUUCACCUAGCUCAAGCUGAAGAUCAAGAAGGGUUCAUCAGUUUGGAUUGUGGUUUAUCCCCGAGUGAAGCGUCACCAUAUAUCGAGCCAGAUACUGGACUAUGGUUCUCAUCAGACUCAGACUUCAUCCAAAGUGGAAAGAUUGGAAGAAUUGAUGCAAGUUUUCCCAAGACCCUAAAAUCAUACGUAACACUUAGAUAUUUUCCAGAUGGAAUACGCAACUGCUUCAAUCUAAGUGUUAAGCAAGGGACAAAUUAUCUGAUGAGAGUUACAGCUCUUUAUGGAAAUUAUGACGGUCUUAAUAUUUAUCCUAAAUUUGACUUACACGUAGGCCCUAACUUUUGGGUAACAAUAGACCUGGACAAAAAGGUAAGCGGUCAAACCGAGGAGAUCAUAUACAUCCCACGAUCAAAUUACUUAGAUUUGUGUCUUGUCAAGACAGGCACGUCCACGCCAAUGAUUUCAUCCUUGGAACUUAGGCCGCUACCAAAUGAGCUCUACAUCACGGAAUCAGGUUCAUUGAAGUCUUGGAACAGAUACUAUCUUACGGAUUCAGACAUCAUUUUAUCGUACCCAAAUGAUGUCAAUGACAGAAUAUGGGAACCAAAAUUUGAUUCCGCAUGGAAGCAUAUCUCCACCAACCUUGAAGCAAACAACUCCAAUGGUUUUCUUGUGCCACAUAACGUGCUCAAGACCGCGGCAAUACCCGCAAAUGCUAGUAAACCGUUUAAUAUUACCGAGGAUCUUGAUUUCCCUGAUGACGAGGUUUACUUGUACCUCCACUUCUCUGAGGUCCAGUCAUUACCGGCCAAUGAAUCUAGAGAAUUUGACAUAUUAUGGAACGGGGAAGAUUUCAAAAAAGCAAUUAGCCCUAAGUAUCUGAAGACCACGACAGUACACACCACUUCACCACUUAAAUGCAAAGGAGGAGAGUGUAACUUAGAGCUGAAAAAAACUGAAAACUCUACUCUCCCACCUCUUCUCAAUGCCAUCGAAAUGUACACGGUAGUCAAGUUUCCACAAUUGGAAACUAAUGCAAAUGAUGUUGUUGCUAUCAGAAAGAUCAAAGCCAGGUAUGGAUUGAAUAAAAUCACAUGGCAAGGAGACCCUUGCGUCCCCCAGAAGUUUUUGUGGGACAAUCUAAAUUGCAACAGCAAAGAUACAUCUACACCACCAAGAAUCACUUCUUUGAACUUAUCUUCAAACGGGUUAAAAGGAACCAUAGCAGCUGCAAUUCAAAAUCUUACUCGUCUUGAAAUGUUGGACUUGUCAAAUAACAAAUUGACUGGAGAAGUUCCAAAGUUUCUAGCUAAUAUGAAGUCUUUAUUUCUCAUAAACUUGAGCAAGAACAAUCUGGUUGGUUCCAUUCCACAAGCCCUUCUUGAUAGAGAGAGAGAAGGGCUGAAGUUGAUUGUUGAUGGAGAGCAUCACUGUGUAUCUGGUUCAUGUGAAGCAAAGAAGAAGAAAUUUCCAGUAAUGAUAUUAGCUUCUUCCGCGGUUGUUGUGGUCAUUGUAGUGGUUCUAGUUCUCAUUUUUGUGUUUAAGAAGAAAAAAUCAUCAAAUUCAGAAGCUAUACCACCAUCAUCAGUUACGCCUAGUGUAAAUACUGGAUCCACUAAUCUAUCUGAAUUAUGGAUCGAGACGAGAAGGAAGAAAUUUACUUAUUCAGAGGUUUUGGAAAUGACAAAAAACUUGGAAAGACCACUUGGUGAAGGAGGGUUCGGCGUUGUUUAUCAUGGUGAAAUAAAUGGUUCACAACAAGUAGCUGUCAAACUACUUUCCCAAACAUCUACACAAGGCUAUAAAGAGUUCAAGGCAGAGGUCGAACUUUUGUUGAGAGUUCACCACAUAAACUUGGUAAGCCUAGUAGGAUAUUGCGAUGAACGAGAUCAUUUGGCUCUCAUCUAUGAAUACAUGUCCAAUAGAGACUUGAAAUAUCAUUUGUCAGGAAAAUGUGGCAACGCUGUUCUGAAGUGGAGUACAAGACUACAAAUAGCCAUUGAUGCCGCACAAGGACUAGAAUACUUACAUUUUGGAUGUCGACCAUCUAUGGUACAUAGAGAUGUCAAAAGUACAAAUAUAUUGUUGGACGAACGAUAUAGUGCCAAAAUUGCGGAUUUUGGGCUUUCAAGAUCUUACCAACUCGAAGAUAAAUCUCAUCAUGUUUCGACAGCUAUUGCUGGCACUCCUGGAUAUCUUGACCCUGAAUACUACAGGACAGGUCGUUUGGCAGAAAUGAGCGAUGUCUAUAGUUUCGGGAUUGUAUUAUUGGAGAUAAUCACAAACCAACGCGUGAUGGACCUAACCCGUGAUAAGUCACACAUAGCAGAAUGGACAGCAUUUAUGCUUAUUAGAGGAGAUAUUACCAGUAUCAUGGAUCCUAACCUUCAUGGUGAUUACAACUCUCGUUCUGUCUGGAGAGCUCUUGAAUUAGCUAUGUUGUGUGCAAACCCUUCUUCAGAAAAACGACCAAGCAUGUUCCAAGUUGUUAUCGAGCUAAAAGAGUGUCUUGCCUCUGAAAUCUCGAUGAAAAGUAACAAUCAAGACAUGGACUCUCACAGUUCCUCUGAAGUAAGCUUGAGCUUUGACACCAAGGUUGUGCCUAGCGCAAGGUAG